AUGGCUCUUUGGCUUGACGAACGCGAGAAAUAUCUUCUGGAGCUUAUCAGACUCGAAGGUCGUGGGGACUACGCUUCUAGGGAAACUUGCCAAGGGCACAGUGAAUGCACGUCUGAGCCUGCGUAUCGCUGCCGGGACUGUUUUGGGACAGAGCUCUACUGCCAAGCGUGUAUCAUAAACAGGCACCGUGAAAACCCUUUGCACAAGAUUGAGUUCUGGAACGGUUGCUUCUUCGAGGACACCACACUAAAGUGUCUCGGACUCCGGAUCCAGCUUGGCCACCCCAUUGGGGAACGAUGCUUCAAUCAUUCACGGGCCUAUGACGAUGAUUUUGUCAUUCUUGACACUAACGGCAUCCAUGAACUUGCCUUGGAUUUUUGUUCAUGUGAGAGUGCGCUAAGUCACGUCAAACAACUCCUGCGAGCUCGCUGGUAUCCUGCGACCAGCGCCGAUCCAAAAUCAGCAGCAACAUUCCGUCUUCUCGAGCAUUUCCACAUGCUUACUUUUGAGUCUAAAGCAUCUGCCUUCGAAUACUGGCAAACCCUUGCGCGUCUUACUGAUAAUACAGGCAUCAAGCCAUGCAAGGAUCGUUACGACAGUCUCUUGCGCAUGAUCAAGCAGUGGCGUAACCUCAAGCUCUUGAAGCGGUUCGGCCGAGGUCACGAUCCGUCUGGCAUCGAUGCGACCAAACAGGGGUCAUGUGCCGUUGUUUGCCCUGCAUGCCCCCACCCAGGCAAGAACCUACCAGAAGACUGGAAAGCAGCGCUUCCGGACAAACAGUGGCUGUAUGCACAAUUUCUGGCCAUUGACGCGAAUUUCCGCCUGGCACGCAAGAACGUUUCUUCGGACAGGAUCGACCCUGGUUUGAGUAGGGGAUGGGCUUAUUUUGUCGAGGAGACUGGGUUCAAAGAAUUUCUAACUGAUGCCGGAACGGUCGCACAAGAGAAAAGCACGUGUGCUAGUCACAGUGCUGUGAAUCUCGCUGAAACGAAGACUGCACGAGGGUUGGCUGCAACUGGAGCCGGGACCGUGGAUUGCUCGCGUCACAACUUUAAGCGGCCAUCUGGAGUAGGUGACCUUCAGAGGGGCGAAAAGUAUAUCAAUAUGGAUUACCUAUUUUUCUCGACCGCGCAACAUUCUGAAGACAUCGUUGUAUUAAACAUCUCCUACGACAUCGCUUGUCAGUGGAGCAAAAACUUAUGGGGCCGGAUGUCGAGAUACCCAUCACGCAUGCACUUUGCGCGUGACGGUAAAGUCAUGACCUUUCUUGUUCCAAAGUUCCACUUGCCCGCCCACAUCACUGCAUGUCAAAUAACAUUUUCACACAAUUUCAUCAAGGGAAUGGGGCGCACGGAUGGUGAGGCCCCAGAACGGGGUUGGGCCAAUAUCAACCCUGUGGCCACGAGUACACGAGAGAUGGGACCUGGGGCUCGUCGAGAUACACUGGACGAUCACUUCGGCGACUUCAAUUGGAAGAAAGUUACGAACUUCGGUGUCAGUUUACUGAGCAAAAUGAAGACUGCGAUCCCUGAACGAGACCGACACCAACAAGAUUUUGACGACUUUCACCUUACGAUCAUAGGGGAACGACCGGGCGAGGUAACACAGUGGAACGAAGCUAUCGAAAAAUGGGAGGCCGACACUUCCAACAAAAACCCCUUCGAGACAACGACCAUCACCUUGACGCAGGCUGCCGUGCGCCUUAGACUCUCUCAAAAGGAAGCCGAAGACCUCGAAAGAGGUUUCAACAAUUCAUUGCACACCGAGAUAUCACCUAGCGUACUCGUUUCAUCAGGAAUCGAGCUCGAGGAACAACAAUUUCGCCUGCAGCAAGAUUACAACACUCUGAGUGGCCAUCUGACAGACUUGCAGCUGACGAAGCUGCAAGAGCGUUCGAAUGCACUGCUGCGCAAGAUCGAGCAGUGGUGCAAGGUCCAACUGCUAUACAUGCCUGCUGUCGGCCGACUGCGUGCAUUGGCGGAUGCACAAUCAACUCGCGAGGAGAAGGCCUACGAUGUCAAACUUUGGCUACCAUCGAAGCUGAAGGAGGCAGCUGAGAUGUCGUGUGACGAGCAGCUUUGUGAAUUUGAAUGGGAGCUGCGGUGUGCACAGGCACACGAGGCUCUCGAUGACGUUCGCCGGCAACUUCGUCUUCGCGCACACCUCUAUAAAUUCAAAGACGCCUACAUACGCGGGCAACGGGCCAAUACCAGAGCAUCCGCUGUGCUCGGAAAAGUGGAGCAGACCAUUAGGACAGCUGCUGCUCGGUAUCGCAGGGCUUGGGCGGCAGUUAAGACACUGUCAGGAGUCCUGGACAAACCUAAUUGGGAGGUAGAAUUGCCUGAGUUGCUGGCGGCUGAUGUUCGCGGGAUGUCAGAGGGAGAUAUUGGCCAGUCCGAAGGUAACCGCACACUUUCGUGGAUCUGGAAGGCUCGUGGGGUGGCUGCAAUGGGAGAAGAUGGUGAGGCUGUUUUAUCAGAAGCAUUGCGUAUUGAAUGGUGCAAAUCGAGAGCGCGCGCCAAUCGUUGGGCCGAAGAAGUCGAGUUGCUGCAAGAGGAGAUGUGGCGUGUAGCCAGCUUUCUUUCGUGGCACGCAGGAUGGUGGGAGGAGCAAGCAAAUCGCAGGACUGUCCUACCUGCACCUGAACAGGAAGGGAUCCGGGGAUAUGCGAAAUGCCAAGCCGCUCUUUGA